AUGGCAGGCGACGGCGGUGGUGGUGCCAGGCCCCGGACGCAAGCUGCAAGAGGGCGGCGGCAGACGGCAGCUUCGGUGCCGUUGGACGUGCUGGUGGAGAUCGCGGUGCGCACCGACCCGGCCACUCUAGUGCGCUGCGCCGCGACGUGCGUGGACAUGCGCCGCCGCGUCAAGGAUUACACUGGCCUCGGUGGCCGCCUCCACCUCCGGCAUAGCGACCGAUUCGUGCUCCCCCUUCUGCGAGGCCACCUGAUCCACACGUUCAAGUAUGAGGGCAUGCGACGCAAGGACCAGUUGUCCCUGGUGGACACCACUGCUGCAGACACCACCACGCUGCGCAGGGUCACCGGCGUCCACGGCUUCCCCCUCGCGUCGAGCAAUGGCCUCGUUCUCACUCGCGUGGCCCGAGGGCUUUGCGUGUGGGAUCCGGCCACCAGCCGCAAGCAGACCCUGCCAUCUGCACCGAUUUUCCCUGUGGAUGUGGUGGCUACACAACAAGACGAUGAUACGACAAAUUAUGUCUUGCUCGUGGGUGACGAUGAUGAUGAGGGUGCGACCGUCGUCGGCCGGCAAUUCCAUGUGGUCAUGGCAUACCUAGAGCUGUCACAACACUGCCGCAACGUGCACUUUCAAAUCUUCUCAUCCGAGGAUGGCACGUGGGGCCGCUACAACAAGAUCCGGGUUCAUAAACUGCAAGGCAGCAAGUUGCAACGACCACUCGCCAGGGCCCUAGUCGUUGGUGACGAUGCACACUGGUUGUGCUUGACCGACAAAGGGGACUACGUCCUGAAGCUCCAAGUUAGAUUGGUGGAACAAGUCAUGGUCACGAUGCUCCCGGAGAACUUCCCCCGUGGUGGGUGCUGGUACCACCAACUCCUAGCGACAUCGUCGGCAGGUGGGUGCCCGAUUGUGCUCGUCACGGAUGGCAACAAGAUAUCUGCGUGGGCGCAAUCGAAGCAAACGGGCAAGUGGCAGCGACGACCACGGGUGGUGAUCGAGAUAGAGACAAUCUUGCGGUUCCUAGAUGAGGCGGGCGGAAGCAGGCCGCCGCCGAGCCCGUGGGAAGUCAAGCAUGAAAUAAAACUAUUGUGGUUCGCCGAGAGGAGUGGCACCGUGCUCAUUAAGGUGCUCAUCAACAUGUCAACUGUCGGAUAUUUCUGGCUCAACCUGCAGUCCAUGAAGAUCGUGAGGUGGUUCUCAGAUCGUGGGGAAGAGUACCCGACCGGGAAUAUGCCCUAUGAGAUGAGUUUGGCGGCUUGGGUUCCAACAUUCAGUAGCACUUUGUGA